GGGCUGUCGGCGGCGCGCGCGGAGCGGGGCCGCGAGCCAUGGAGCAGACGCUGCCCCCGCCGCCCGGCCCCAGCAAGCCGCACCUGGAGAAGCUGACCCUGGGCGUCACCCGCAUCCUAGGUUCCAUCAAGAAAAUGACAAGACAGUCCCCAGAAUAUGAGAGAAAGCUUGUAAGUCAUGUGUAUGAAAAGAGACUACUUGGAAUCUAAGGAGCUACAGCUCAACAAUUAAAGAGUCUUCCCCAGGUGUGACAGAGGUGACCAUUAUAGAAAAGCUGCCUGCUGAGCGUCAUAUGAUUUCUUCAUGGGAACAAAAGAACAACUGUGUGAUGCCUGAUGAUGUGAAGAACUUUUACAUGAUGACCAAUGGCUUCCACAUGACAUGGAGUGUGAAACUAGAUGACCACAUUAUUCCAUUGGGAAACAUGGCAAUUAACAGCAUCUCAAAACUGGCUCAGCUCAAUCAGUCUUCCAUGUAUUCACUUCCUAAUGCACCAACUCUGGCAGACCUGGAGGAUGACUCUCAUGAAGACAGUGAUGACCAACCAGAGAAACCUCACUUUGACUCUCGCAGUGUGAUAUUUGAGCUGGAUUCCUGCAGUGGGAAUGGGAAGGUUUGCCUUGUCUACAAAAGUGGAAAACCAGGACUCCCGCAUGACACUGAGAUCUGGUUCCUGGACAGAGCAUUAUACUGGCAUUUUCUUACAGAUACUUUUACUGCCUAUUACCGUCUGCUCAUAACCCACCUGGGCCUGCCCCAGUGGCAGUAUGCGUUCACCAGCUAUGGCAUUAGCCCACAGGCCAAGCAAUGGUUCAGUAUGUACAAGCCUAUCACCUACAAUACAAACCUGCUCACUGAAGAGACCGACUCCUUUGUGAACAAGCUGGAUCCAAACAAGGUGUUUAAGAACCAAAACAAAACUCCAGACCCCAAAAAGAAAGGACCUGUACAACCUUUAGGUGGACAGAAAGGGCCUGGAUCCUCAGUUCCCUCUACUCCUAAACCUUCCUCGGGCUAUGGAAACCCUGUGCGCAAAUGAGCAUUCCUCUGCCCAGCUCUCAGCUAGCCCCACAGCAGUGAUUUCCAUGCACAAGUGGGCUAAGAAGUGGCCCAACCUCAGAUUCUCUAUGUGACUCAGCAUCUUCCUGAAUGACCGACAUCAUAGGCCUUUACACUACUGAUAGUGAGGAGUUGGAAGGGCAUGGUGUGUUCUCUCUAGGAGUCUUUAUCUCAUGGUAGGUCAUUGCAGUGGAGAAGUUCAGAUCUUAAGUGUCCAUGUGAGUAUAUGGAGAAUCGUCCUCUUCCUACACCCAGCCCUCAAUUCCUCAGCAAUAAUUAGAGAAAGCCCCCAGAGAAACCCACACUCUAACCCAUGAAACCUUAGUGGCUGCUUCAUGUAUGAAAAAUUCAUUUCCUCAGUUGCAGUGAGCACACAUCAAGCAUUGUCAUAGCUAGUGGAUUCUGGAUUGGUGGGCAGGGAUGGAGUUACUUCCAAACGUGUCAUACUUCAGAUGAGUUUAUUUGCUGUUAAAUCAUAUUGAUGCGUUAACUUCAUGUUUCCUGAAAACUCUUAAAGAUGCAGUUUUAUGUUCUUUACAUCCCAGACCACAAACAUUUCUUACUUGAGUCAUUCAUGUUUUUAAUGUAUUAUAAAGUUCACAUUCCUGAUCAGUUUCCUUUAAUUGUUUUGCUUCUUGUUUUUGUACUGUGAUAUUAAAACAUUUUCAAAAGUUA